AUGGCCUCUAUCAAAAUCGCCGAGAUUUCUCGCAGAGAUCCCGAAGAUCUCUUCGCGAGAGUCCAAAGAUCUCUUCGCGAGAGUAUCAAUCACCGAUCCUCUAUACCUACAAUCGCCGUCCCCGGUAGCCCUGCCCUAUGGACUCCGCCACAGGCCGCGCAGAGGCAGGUGAAGAAAGACUCUGGUCUCAUCUACAUAGCCCAGAACGCCGCCCGCCACCCAGAAAGACCGCUUGAACCUUUGUUUCGGGCCUUGUAUAUCGCACACCCUACGUUCGAUAUCCAGUCCGUGGAUCUCGUGACUGAUCGAAACAAUAUACGCAAGCUCUUGUCAUUUGUAAACCCUAGCUUGGAUAAUAAUGGAUUGGAGCCCUUUACUAUUGAGGUUGAGGUCACGAACGAUACUACUAUAUUCUGCCGUGCGGAGACAACGACGUUCGAGGUCAUCGGACCACGCCAAUACAAGGGGUUCGGGCAUGAGUUUGAGAAGGCGUAUACGACGGCCCAGCUGGAGGGAAGCACGGGGCAUCAUAGGAUUAUUUCUUACCGACUCGGUGGUAUGAAACUGGUGGUGCGCUACGAGACAGACGGAUACAUUGCGAGACCUUCAAAGGCAUCGACAGCAUCGACUGACAGUAGGAAAGCGAUUCAAGACAGCGACGACAUAUCCAGCAUGCUGAAAUUACUAUCUCUUUCUCCUCAAAAACCUUCCUAUGCGGCCUCGGACAAGUCAGCCUUGAGGAUCAUAAAAGGAGGCCAAGUCAUACCGAUUGACUCAACCCUCGAGAUCAAAACACGCCCCUCCAAGAGACGUAUUGAAAUUGACAAAGUUCUUCCGCAGUUGUGGGUAUCUCAGACUCCGAAUCUUGUCCGUGCCUACCACCGGAAUGGUUUGUUUGAGCGACCAGAGGUUGAAGAUGUCAGUCUUGAACUUAAAAAAUGGGAGACAGACCACCAGAUGGAUCUCGCAAAAUUGGUUAUAUUGAUAAAAACUAUUAUCUCCGUGGUCAAGGAAAGUGGUGCCAAGGCCGUUAUCAGGUAUGAUGACCAAUGCGACAAGUUGGUGGUUUGGAAAUGUCAAGAUCCGAGAAAAAUGUUGCCAGACGACCUUUACUCCAGUUUCAGUGUACAAUAG